UCGACGAAGGUUUCCGCUGCCCCAUUGUCUUCAGGCCAUAGGAAGAGGUGGAGGACCGAAAGGACUCUCGUCCUCCAGCCAAUCAGAGCGCGGGCUUUGUGUGAAUGAAGAUUGAGCUUCACACUGACUAAAACUUCCUCCUGUGUCCAACAUCUGAUAUCAGAAGGGGAGGAUUUGCAGACAGAAAUCGCAAACCAAACAUCACGUCAAGAUCUGACAGAGUCACACGGUUUAAUGGGACUUGAAUAUCAUCGGCCAUUGAAUCUAGAAGAAGCAAUGUUUGUCUGUUCUGUCUGCUUCAGAAGAUUUUAAACAUCUGUGUGACUGGAAGCACCAAGACACACACACCCGAGUGACUUUUCCAGUGCACUGACUGUCAAGGAGCACCAACCAGGUAAACAGACUGAUUUGACAUUGCAACGUAGAGAGACCAAGUGUUUUGAUUGUGGACGAGGAUUCAACUGAUCAUUGAACCUGGAGAGACACAAGGACACCCGCACCAUGGAGAAACCGUGGAAAUGUGGGGACUGUGGGAAGGGGUUCACAUCUCCCUCAAAGCUGGAAAUUCAUCGGCGCAGUCACACUGGGGAGAGGCCGUUCACCUGCUCUGUGUGUGGGAAGGGAUUCAGUCAGUUAUCCAACCUUCUGACACACCAGCCAGUUCACACCAGGGAAAGGCCAUUCUCCUGCUCUGAGUGUGGGAAGGGAUUCACUCGGUCAUCCCACCUGCAGACACACCAGCGGGUUCACACCGGGGAGAGGCCAUUCACCUGUUCAGAGUGUGGAAAGGGCUUCACUCAGCCAUUCAACCUACUGACACAUCAGCGAGUUCACACCAGAGAGAUGCCAUUCGUCUGCUCUGAGUGUGGGAAGGGAUUCAGUCAGUUAUCCAGCCUGCACACACACCAGCGAAUUCACACCGGGGAGAGACCGUUCACCUGCCCUGAGUGUGGGAAAGGAUUCAGUGAUUCAUCUGCCCUGCGGAAGCACACGCGAGUACACACUGGGGAGAAGCCAUUCACCUGCUCUGAAUGUGGGAAGGCAUUCACUCAGUCAUCUGACCUGCAGACACAUAGGCGGGUUCACACCCGAGAGACACCAUUCUCCUGCUCUGAGUGUGGGAAGCAAUUCACUCGGUUAUGUAGCCUACAGACACACCGAUGGGUUCACACGGGAGAGAGACUGUUUACCUGCUCUGAGUGUGGGAAGCGCUUCACUCAGUCAUCGAGCCUGCUGAGACACCAGCGAGGUCACACUGGGGAGAGGCCGUUCACCUGCUCUGAGUGUGGGAAGGCAUUCACACAGUCAUCUGACCUGCUGACACACCAGCGAGGCCACACUGGGGAGAGGCCAUUCAUCUGUUCUCGAUGUAGGAAGGGAUUCAUUCAUUUAUCCAGCCUGCUGAGACACCAGCAAGUUCACAAGUGAUUACAAGAGUUGGAUUCUGCCGUUAUUGUUGCUGUUAAUCACUGAACCAUGUUCAUGCUGACAGUUGGUGAAGUGGGAGGGUUGGAGGGUUUUUUUCUGCUGGACUGGCUGGUCUCAUUACUUUGCUUCCAGUGGCUGAUGCUCUUUGAGCCUGAGAGUGCACAUUUCCACUGAAAUGAUCCACAAAAGCUGAUGAAGGAAAUUUAUUUUAUCCUGGACAGUAAAUAGUGUUUUUCCUACCACGACAGGUGGAUCUAAAAUAUAUACAUUUGUCUCUGUUCCGUUGAGUCUACAGCACAGGGCCAGGCCAGUGGCCUCAAUUGAUCUCUGUCAGUAUUUAUGCUCCUCAUGAGCCUCCAUCCACCCCUCAUCUCCCCCCAUCAGCGUAUCCUUCUAUUCCUUUCUCCCUCGUGUAUGUAUCCAGCUUCCCCUUAAAUGUAUUCAUGCUAUUCACCUCAACCACUCGCUGUGGUACCGAGUUCCACAUUCUCACCACUCGCUGGGUAAAGACCUUUCUCACGAAAUCCCUAUUGGAUUAUUGAACCCCUUCAUAUUUUUAAAGACUUCCAUCAGGUCACCCUUCAGUCUUCUCUUUUCUAGAGAAAAGCAGUCCCAGCCUUUCCUGAGGGUUAAAUGCUCUCAGUUCUGGUAUUAUACUUGUGAAUCUUUGUUGCCCCUUUUCCAGUGGCUCUAUUUCCUUUUUCUAAAUGGAAAUCACAGAUGUUGACAGUACUCCCAGCGUAGUCUAACCAUGGUUCGAAACAGGUUGAACAUAACCUCCCUGCUUUUCAAUUCUAUCCCUCGAGAAUUGAACCCUAUAUCUGGGCCCCACACUUUAGGAAAGAUGUGAAGUUCUUCGAGAAGGUGCAGGGGAGAUUGACGAGAAUGGCACCAGGGAUGAGGGAGUUCAGUUAGUUGGAGAGACUGGAGCAGCUGAAAUUGUUCUUUUUAGAUCAUAGAGUCAUUAGGGUAGAGGAGUCCAUUCAUCCCAUCGUGUUCAUGCCGGCUUACUGCAGAGCAAACCAGUCAGUCCCAUGGCCUCGUUCUAUCCCUGUUGCCCUGAAAAUUUAUUUCCCUCAAGUAGCCAUCCAAUUUCCUUUUGAAACCGUUCAUUGUCUCUGCUUCCACCCCCCUCAUAGACAGCGAUUUCCAGGCCAUUACCACUCACUGUGUAAAAAUGUUCCUCCUCAAAUCCCCCCAUAUCUUUUCAUUUUCAUUCUUUCAUGGGGUGUGGGUGUCGCUGGCUGGGCCAGCAUUUAUUGCCCAUCCCUAGUUGCUCUUGAGAAGGUGGUGUUGAGUUGCAUUCUUGAACCGCUGCAGUCCAUAUGGUGUAGGUAAACCCACAGUGCUGUUGGGGAGGAAUUCCGGGAUUUGACCCAGCAACAGUGAAGAUAUACCCACAGUGAUGUAGAUAUAUCUCCUGUACAAAACUUUAAAUCUGUAUCCGCCUCAUCCUUGUACCAUUAGCGAAUGGGAACAGCUUUUCUUUGUCCACCUUUUCUAAACCUGUCAUAAUCUUGUACACCUCUAUCAAAUCU